AUGUCUUCUGAUAGUGGAGUUUCCAAGGAGGUCAAGUUUGUUGAAAAUGGAAGUGGUUCUCCAUCUUCCGCACCUCAAACUGCAAGACCGUCAUCACCAUCCCCAGAGGGAAACAGUAAUUCUUCCCCAGAUGCUGCUACUACUACUAGCACUGAGAAUAAGAAAGAGCCUGUGCUGACACCGGCACCUUUGCCAACAAAAUCUCCAUGGAAAUCUGUCUCUUCAGAUAUUCCUGUUUCUAAGAUUCCAGUUGAAUCUUUAGAAGCUCCUAAGAAGAACAAACCAAAGGCUACAACUUCUAACACUGUAAAGUCUUCUUCUUCAACAAAAUGGGUUCCUAUGAAGGCAUCUAUCGUGGUAUCGGGUUCGAAGAAAUCUGGUAGCGGCAAGAAGGGUUCUAACAGACAGUCCCAAGGUCCAGCGGGUAGUAAUAACAGUGGAAGAUCUAGCAGCACAGCUGGCAAGAAGAAGAAACAACCUCAGCCUCAACAAUCCCAACAGACUAGUACGAAGAACAAGCAACAGCAACCACAAGAGUCUACACCACCUCAGUCUAGUAGCAAGAAUGAUAGCGAUUCUUCUGAAAAUGCUCCUAGUACGACGAGUAAUGAAAAGACUAAGGAGAAGAGUAAGGCUGAUGAAGACUCUGAAUCUAAGACUUCAUCUGAAAGUGGUCAACAGCAGAACAAAGAUCGUUUUAACAAGCAUAACGAAAAUGUGGAACACCCUCAUAGAAAGCAGCAUACUUUUAACAACCAACAUCACCCACGUCAACAAGGUUUCCCUCGUAGAAGAUAUUAUAACAACUACCAUAAUAACAAUAAUAACGAUUCAUACAAGAAUUCUCAUGGAUUUCAACAUCAUCAUCCAAAGAGCAAUUUCACACCAUACCACGGUGGAUCUGGACGUCCAUUUAAUAACCACUACCGCGGUCCAAGAUAUGGAGGACCAAUGCACCAACAACAAGUUCCACCCUCUUACCAACAACAAUUCCACCCUAUGCAAGCUAUCAUUGUUGCCGUUAACAGUGUAGCUAAACAAAUGGAAUACUAUUUCAGUGCCGAAAAUUUAAAGAAAGACGAUUACUUGAGAUCUAAGUUAUCUAAGGAAGGUUAUGCUCCUGUAACAUUGAUCUCCAAAUUCUACAGGGUAAACAAUAUGUCCUUUGGUGGUGAUCCAUAUUUGAUCUUAGCCUCCUUAAGAGAAAUUGUUGCUAACGAACAUUCAACUGUUGAAGUUGCUGCUGGUACCUUAACUGAAAGUAAUUUCGACUUGGAGCCUCAAGAUAAAGAAUCUCCAUUAGCCAAAUAUUUCAUUCGUUCCAAAGAAUGGUCUAAUUUGUUACCGGAGGAUGUGUCUACAGCGGUCACCAUCGAGAAGAAUUUGGAAGGUGACGAAUUGGACGAAUUCCUGAUAGCUCCUUUGCCCGUACCACCAGUUUAUGGCCCAGGUCCAGGUGGAGCACCAGUUCCUCCGGUAGUCCCAGCACCUGUCCCAGCACCAGUUCCAGCUGCUGCUAAUGCCGAACAGGAGAAAGAACAAGAAGACGAAAACAAGAAAUAA